AUGGAAGAACAUGGAGAUGAAAUCGCAACGCAGAUCAACGAGCCCAACGUCGAGGUCAAUGACGUACCUCCCAUCAUUGUACAUGCUCCUGAAAAGCAAGAAGAGCGAGAAGAAUGGGCAAAUGCUGUGGAAGACCCACCGCUACCUGAUCUCAACAAAAUAAAAACGAGAAUGUCUGAGAUUCCAGACCCUCAACCAACCCCGAGUCACUCAACCGCCCUAUCACCAGGAACCCUCAACCAAUUGGAGUUCCUGGAAGAUAAGGUAACAGAAUUCAACAGCAUUUACGAAGAAAUGAAGCAUAUAAAAGCCUCCGACACCAGUAUUGAAGAACUGAACGGUCAGGAGAUGUACAUCAAGGAGGCCUGGGUCGAUUUUGCCGAUCGAUCCCAGACAAUCAUCGGAAGCCUGCCCUCUGAACACAUUUAUAUGAAGGGCAAGCUCAAGGGACAACUCGCAGUCCACGAGAGGAAAUCAACGGAGCGCCCAACGACGACUCAACUCAAAAGAAUCGACUUGCCAACGUUCAGAGGAAAAUUUUCGCAGUGGAAGGAAUUUUCCGACCUCUUCCAGAACCUAGUGGGGAGGCGACCUGACACGUCGCCAGCUGAGAAACUGGUGAGGCUAAAGGAAGCCCUCCAGGGACCACCAGCUGAGCUCAUCUCCUCAUUCACAGCAACCGACGCCAAUUAUGAGAAGGCGUGGGACAAACUACAACGGCAUUUCGAAAAUCCACGAUUAAUUGCAGGGCAUCUCUUCAACAGGGUGCUCAACUUGCCAACGAUGGCCAAGGGAGAUGCCAAGGCCAUGAUCACCAACGCUCACAUCGCACGGGAGACAGUGGAUCAGCUCAUCAACACAGCUGCGAUACAGAAAGAAGAAUUGGGUGAACAAUUCGUAUUCCACCUACUCAAACGCUCCAUGGAGGCCGACACACGCACCACAUGGGAGCAGAAAUUGGGUGCCUCAACAAACUUCGUACCCCUGCAAGAGCUAGUCAACUUCCUGGAGUCAACGGCCAGAGGCAUGACUCCAGAUGAUCAACAGGAGUCACCGAAACGAAAAACGAAACCAACGCCACAAGGGAAACCAACGCAAAGGGCACGUGUGUACGAUGUGGCUGAGACAUCAGCACCUCAACGCGACGACACUCAACAACCCAGACCUGCUGAUUGCUGCGCAUAUUGCAGGGACAGGCACUUCAUUGGAAAGUGCCCAGGAUUCCAAAACCUUCCACCAAGGAAACGAUUGGCAUACAUCACAGGCAUGCGCCUGUGCUUCAACUGCUUCGGCACGCUCACGGAGGCAAAAUGUAAGUGCAGCAAGGCUUGCUUUAAAUGCGAACAACGACAUCACACGAUGCUGCAUCUGGACCAAGAGAGGAGUAAAUCCAGCACCUCAUCCAACCACGUUCCAGAGGCACCAGGAACGAGGGAAGAAUCAGGCACAUUCAACAUUACAUCAACAAUCAACGUCAGCGAAAAAUCAACGGAUAGAGAAACAUCAACGACGAUCAACUCAGAGGACAACAAGCUUUCCUACAACUCAACGGAUCAUCGACUAGUGCUCUUGGCUACGGCAAAAGCCAGGGCAUUCUCCAACGGCGGAUUCUACACCAUCGCAAGAAUCCUCAUCGAUCAAGGCUCAGAGCUUUCAUUUAUUGCUGAAAGCCUGCAGCUUCAACUGGCAGAUGAGACCGAUUCAACACCUGGACCUAUCAACAUCAUCAUCGGAGAUAAAAUCAAGAAAUCCAACGACAAUAAAUUAGUUGGCCAACUGAUGAAAUUCGGAUGGAUCCUAUCCGGUCCAUUAUGCAAUGCGAACUGUUCAACGAAGACCUCCUACUCCGCGGCAAGGGGAUCCUCUAAUGAACAAUUAACGGAGCUUCUACAAAAAUUCUGGGUCCAGGAAGAACCACCAACUCCAACGAACGCAAACAACGAGCUCACACCAGACGAACGAAAGUGUGAAGAACACUUUCAACGCACUCAUCAACGGGACACAACGGGGCGCUAUAUUGUGCGAUUACCACUUCGCACAUCAACUAAAGCGCUCGGAGAAUCGAGGAGUAUGGCGCUUCGUCAACUCCAUUCAGUGAAACGAAGACUGAACGCCAAUCCUGACUACAGCAAGGUGUACAAUGACUUCAUCAACGAGUACGAAGCACUUGAUCACAUGCGACGUACACACGACACCUCAGAACCAUCGACAACAUAUUAUCUGCCACAUCAUGGGGUUCUGAGGGUGGAUGCACUAACCACGAAGCUACGAGUGGUUUUCAACGGCUCCAACAAAACAACUUCGGGCAUCUCACUCAACGACAUCCUCCACGCGGGCGGGAAGCUUCAAGUGGAUGCAAUGGAUGUUCUCACAUGGUUGAGAAGACAUCGAAUCGUCAUUGGUACCGACAUCGUCAAGAUGUUUCGACAAAUCAACGUGCACAAAGAUGACUGGGACCUGCAACGUAUUCUGUGGAUAGAUGAAAAUCAACGACUGGUGACCUUCCAACUCACCACAGUCACAUACGGGCAGAAAUACUCCCCAUGGCUCUCUCUGAAAGUCCUGCAGCAGCUAGUCAACGAUGAAGGUCAACGAUUCCCAGCAGCAGUGCCACCGCUAACUAAAGGGCGUUACGUCGACGACAUUUAUGGUGGAGCUGACUCAGAGGAAGAGACAAAAGAAAUGAUAACUCAACUUCAACAAAUCUGCCAUACGGGCGGAUUUCCACUCCAGAAGUGGACGAGCAAUCACCCAGAGAUGCUCGAGCAACUCAACUUGUCAACGGGAACGGCAGGGCCAGUGCAAUUCGAGGAGACAAUAAUAAAAACUCUCGGAUUGUGUUGGCAUCCAUCGACGGACUCAUUCCACUACAAGGCAAAGACCUUCAACUCAACGAACUUCACCAAGAGAACACUGUUGUCGGAAAUAGCUUAG